GAUUUCUGAUUUCUGAUUCGAUUGUUUAAGUUUUCUAUUUUACUUUACUUUUAUCAUCAGAAUGGCACCACCUAAACAUUCAAGACUCAAUCAAAUCACCAAUACUUCAAACAAAUCAUCAUCAUCAUCAAAUCAACUUCAAUCGACUUCUUUACCUACUAUCAAUACUACUACUACCGCUUCUUCAUCUUCUUCUAAUCAAAACAAUACUAUGAUCGCAACUGAAUCAUUUGCUCAAGCUGUUCAUUUAGUCGAAGGUUUUGCUGAUACUUUAGAUUCGAUCCCUCCUUCACUCACUAGAUCAUUAUCGGAUCUCAAGGAAUUGGACGCAGUACUCAAUACACCUUUACUUCAUGUUCAUUCUUUACUCGAUCGUCUUUUGGGUUCAAUUCUUAAACCAGAAUCUAUGAGACCUGACCAACGUCUUACUUUACUUCGAUCAAUUGUGGGUGAAAUUGAAAAAUAUAAACUUGGUGGUGAAGAUAAGAUCAGGGUAGUCAAUGGGACUUGCGAAUCUCUUUCACAUCAUAUCAAUCAAUUAGAUACAACAAUGGCUUUAAUCAUCUCUUCUCUUCCACCCAAUCUUGAAUCUCGUAUACCAGUCUCAACCCUUCCAACAGGUUAUCCAAAACUAACAGGUUCACUUCGUUCAAAACCAUCAGGUUCAGUUUGGUGUGAAAGUUCAAGUUCAACUCCUAAACAUAUUAGUCCACCCAACGUAUCUGGACGUGAAUUUGUUCAAUUCGAUUCGACGCUUAAUCAUUGUUCUCCAUUAGAUCAAUUCGAACCUAAUUCAAAACGACCUAAAUUAUCACAAAGCACUUCAAAUAAUCCACUUCUUAGACCAUCUCAACUUUCGACUUCUUCUCCUAAACAUCGUGCUCUAACCGAAUCAGGUUCGAAUUCAAUCUUAGAUCAACAUAUGUCAAUGUUACUUUCUCAACAACAAAUCAAUCAAAAAAGACGGCUUCAUACUAAUCCUGGUGAUGAUCCUUCAUCUACCUCUCGACAAUUAACUUCAAAAUCGACGCUUUCUAAUGAUCUUGGGAAUUCGAUCAUCUCCAAUACUUCUACUUCAAAUACUAAUGGUACCACUAAAGCUAAGCGUGCUCGUACAGUCACCAGUAAUGGUGUUCUUCUUGGUGAUCAGCUCGGUAAUAGUGUCGGUCGAGGUAAUGUUCCAAAUACAGCUCAAUCUCCUGUCGCAGCUGCGACCGGAAAGAAAAGAGUUAGAAAAACUACUGCUGGUUCAAAUCCCACAUCACUCAAUCCCAAUACCGAACCCUUGAAAGCCUCCCAAUCCGAUCCCAAACCGAACUCGAAUCUAUCACGGCUCAAUGAUCCUAAUCAUCCAAACCAAAGCAGUGGUGGGAACCAAGCUACACUUCUUCCUCCUACUUCUAAAAGAGGUCCAUUAGGUUCUGGAAAAUCUCCUUCAUCCACUGAUAGUUCGAAACUUGUGCCUACUACGGUUCAUACUAAAAGACCGUAUACUAAACGAGCUGGACCGACUUCUACUAAUUCUAAAACAUCAAGUACUACUAACCAGAAAAAAACUUUGUACGCUAAAUCAGAUGUCCAAAAUGGUGAAAUCAAUGGAAUUGGCUUAGAAACUGAAACUGAUUUAAGAAGAAGAAAGAAGAAGAAAAAGAAAAAAGUGUUAACUGAAUCAGAUGAGAUUGAAGUUGAAUUAGAUCAAGUAGAAGAAGAAGUUGGAUCAUCUUCAGGUGGAUCAUCAUCAAAUAAAGUUUAUUGUAUUUGUGAAGGAGAAGUUUUAGGUGAAAGAAUGGUGGCUUGUGAUAAUUCGAAUUGUCCGAUCGAAUGGUUUCAUUAUCAGUGUGCUGGACUUACGGAAGAUCCUACGGGAUCUUGGUUUUGUGAUGAUUGUAAGUCUAAAGGACAUGCUACGAAUCUUGUUUCUGAAGAACCAUCACAAGACCUCAAACCAAUAGAAGAGUCUAGUGGUCAUGAUCAUGUUCAAUUGAAUGAAAAGAUAAAUGAAUAAAUAAAUAGAACCAUACCUAUGAAUUGGAUUUUUUUGGUAUGAUUGGUUUAGGUUUGGAUUGUAGAAAAAGACAAAUCAAACUUAACUUUGAUUAUCUUUUUUAUAAAGGUUUUCUCAUAGAUAAAUCAAUCAAAUAGAUGUGUACAUUUUUUUCUUUUUCAACAUGGGAAAUGACAUUUUUUUCUAUAUUUGAUUAUUUGAUUAAUUGUAAGAAAUGUAAAGUUUUUGUGUUUUCCUUUUGGUUUUGUGUGUUUGUGUUUCAAUUUGAUCUUUUGUGUAGUACGUCUUUAUGAUUUUUUAUUCAAAUGAGGAGUAUUUGGAGGUAUGAUCUUGAUCAUAAUGAGAAUGAGUUUCUUUUGGUGUGU